AUGUCGACACUCACAAGGAGAGGCCUCAAGAACAUCUUGGCCAAAAACGCAGACGACAUCGUGAUACUCUCCUCUCUACGAACAUCCAUAACCCGCUCUAACCGCGGUGCCUUCAAAGACGCAUACCCCGAAGAAUUACUCUCCGCUGUACUACGUGCUACCCUGGCCGCAAACCCGAAUCUCGACCCCGCACUCAUCAAUGAUGUUGCACGGCACAGUUCUCAGCGAACUCGGCGGCACCAAAGCCGGCCGCAUGGCCAUGAACGCCUCUGGGUACCCUUCUUCGACCAGUUUCUACCGUUAACCGCGCCUGUGCCUCCGGGCUGA